AUGAUUAAAGAGGUAAGCAAGUCGUGUCAUUCCACUGUAUUUCUAUAGCAUUUUACCUUUAUUUUUUAUAGUUAACCGUAGAUGUUUUCUUUAUUUUUAGGUACAGAAAAGAUAUCAGUCGAAUCGUAAAAGUAUAGUCAAUCUAAAACAAUCUAGAUAACUUAAUGUAUUUUAAUUUUUUACCAUUCGAUGUCUGUUUCAUUUAUAAAGGUGUAUAUGGACUAUAUAGAGAACAUAAAUUAAAUUAAAUGUAACGUAACUGUAAUGUAUAUAAUGUAUCUAACCUGUUAAAGAAGCCAAGCAUUCUAUCUUUCUUGAAACGUUCAGUGAAUUAAGAACUAAACGGAAGACAACAACGAAGUCGUACUGGAAGGAAUACAAAGAAAAGAAUCAACGGUUUUACGGAAUGUUUACUAUUCUAUACUACUGAGAGUUGGCAAUGAAAAAAAAAUGAAGAAGUUAUCAGAAGUUUUGAUGGGACUCGAUCGAUAUUCAAGAAUGUCAAUUGAUAUUGCUUGUAUACUUUCUGUAAUAACAUAUGAGAUAUCAAUAUGUUCAUAAGAAGAAUUAAAGGAAGUUACACGGUAUGCUUACAAAAGAAAACAUUUUUAUAUAUCCAUAUCAUCGUAAGCAAGAAAAGAAGAAUUAUGUUUACAAGAGAGAACGUGUUUAUGUCACCUUAGCACGAAAUACGUUUAUACAAGAGUGAACGCGCUUGCAUGUGUUACCAUAUCAUCUUAAGCAAGACCUAUGUGCUACCAGAUGGUCCCAUAAAAAUAUGGAACAUUGACUGCCCAUGAAUAAGUCCAUGAACAUUCUCAUGAUCAGUGACAUUGAUGUAUUAUGGAACAUUGUUGUAGUGAAUAUUGUUGAACACUACAAAGAUCUGUGGUCGAUUCACGUGUCUGUGUCACAAAAGCAUGAACGCUUCGGCUGCUUUGACCAUUACAGUACCAUCUCUAUAUCCUUACAAUCUUUCAAAACGAAGUUCUGUACAUUACCUGGAUUUACGUGUAAAAGUACAUAAAAAAUAUUGUGUGAACAUUGAUUUUAUUAAUUUCAUAUUAAAUAAUUUCAACCUCGUUCCCAGGGCAUUUUGCCUCCUUGGCUGAAGGUCGGUGAAAAUGUCCUUGGGAUCAGCUGUAACAUGACACCCCGGAUUUCUGUCUGUUUUAAUACGAUAAUUUAUGUGGAAUUAAAUCUUCUUGUCAAAAGUAAGAAUAGUAAAUAAUGUAAUGAACCAUUUGCCAACUUAAGUAUAAGGCAAGUAUAAGGGACGUAAGUGAAUCUUGACUAUACUCUCGAAAUUUACCAUAUAAUUUUAGGAGAAAAAAUAUUAAAGCACCAGAAUUGUUGGAAUAAAUUAAAUUAUACUGCAAAGGAAUUAUAAUCCACGGCCAUUUUUGCCGACCUUCAGCCGUGGAGGUAAAAUGCCCUGGGGACGAAGUUGACUAAUUUUGUAAAUUGACAUGAUACAAUCAUGUUUCGCUCGCUACUCUGGUUUAAAUAAAUGAUUACAAAGCCCAGUCGAAUUGUAAUCAAGACCCAACGUUUCGACACUCCAGUCUAGUGUCUUCGACACUCCAGUCUAGUGUCUUCCCUGAUGAAGACACUAGACUGGAGUGUCGAAACGUUGGGUCUUGAUUACAAUUCGACUGGGCUUUGUAAUCAUUUAUAAAAACACCCCUGAUGAAGACACUAGACUGGAGUGUCGAAACGUUGGGUCUUGAUUACAAUUCGACUGGGCUUUGUAAUCAUUUAUUUAAACCAGAGUAGCGAGCGAAACAUGAUUGAUAUACCUGGUUGCAGUGAACGAACAAACUUGACAUGAUACAUUUACAUUUAAUGUAUUUUAGUAUUUUUGCACAAGUGAACAUAACAAAUCCUACAAGGUGAUUGGUCAAAUUUGACGUAUUAAUCUGUUAUAUGAAUAUAACAAUAUCGAAAUUUUCAAAAUGGCGGCUAGCCGUUUUGUUGAAGUUAGUGAUAAAUAAAUAAAUAAGCGAAAUUAAAAUUAAUUCAGACCAGAAAAACACAAAAAACUUGUGCAAAAAUACUAAAACAAUUAUUGGCCUCAGGCUCGGUGAUUAUCGGGGAAUAUUCAUAUCGACUUCUUCUCGGCGAAUAUCCCUCGAUAAUCGCCUUCGGCGAGUAAUCGUUAAAUAUUUUAUUAUAAUAUAGCAUUUGUAAAUUACAUUUUGUAAAUUACCAACUUGGCAACUACUACAUAUUUAGUCAAACUGUUUCAUUCCCUUUCCGCCCUGUUCAAUUUUUUUAAGUUGUAAUUUAUAAAGGUUGGAAAACAUGCAAGAAAAUGAACAGAAUUACUGAAAUAAGGUAUUUUAUGUGGAUGUGCUGGAAUAAAUAUGUUUUUAAUUUUUCGAUAUACGAACAGUGGGGUAAAUAGUCUCUCUCGGCAUUUUAAUAGAUAUAUACGCAAGAAACGCAGUCUAAUUAAUCCCACCAGCCAAAACCAGUGGAAAACUAUAGGUAUGGUAUACAGCUAUUUCAAUUAAGGUUGUCUCCCGAGCAAAGCGGAAAAGUCGAAUACGAGCGCGAAAGGCUGCUGGGAAUCGCUAAUAAAUUCAUUCAUUUAUUAGCGAAUCCCAGCAGCCUUUCGCGCUGGUAUUCGACUUUUCCGCUUUGCGAAAGGAGACAACCACUAUUUUCACCCGUUCCGCACGUUGUAACCAAUAAUGUAUUGUCGUUGUAAUGCCAUUGUAUGCAAUAAAGUAUUGGGUUGUAACUGAAGACAAAACCACAAGCAUUAGAUAAAAGUUUUAGUUAUAAAUGUAAUUGGCUUGCAAGCUGGCCGGCCUUGGGGUUAGGGUUAGGGGGUGGGGUUAGGAUUAGGGUUUGGAUUAGGAUUAACGCUUGGAUUAAUUGUAGACCAUUACAACCCAAUACUUUAUUGCAUACAAUGGCAUUACAACGCCAACACAUUAUUGGUUACAACGUGCGGAACGGCUAUUUUUGUAUACCUGACGUUAUCACUCCACAUAUGUAUAGAGCUCACUGACUGGUAGUUUGAAUCGCAAAGCGCGGCAAAAUUUGUCUGUAUAUUCUUCGUUUUCUGUGGACUGCGGUAGGUUUUGCAAAAAAAACUAUGUUUUUUUAACAAUAUAUUUAAUUUAGACUGAAUAUUUUUUUUAAAUGCUAUUUAGUUACACUGCUAUGACAAGUUUAGAUAUUUUUGGGUUAUUUAUCGUUAUUUCUCCCCAUUUUUCGACGUUAAAACAUUUGUUUGCCAUUUCAGUACUGGCGAAAUGUAGUAUAUAAAAUUUUGUAUUGUUUUUUUUUUUAAUAUAGUGCUGUCAAGAAGUGGUAUAUCUAUUUGAAGGUACGCAAAUAUUAAUUUAUUACCGUUUUUAUUAUUGAGUCGGCAUGCAAACACUCUGCACCUUUCCAGUACCAGGGUAUUGAGGUUUUAAGUAGUCAACUUUUGUCAUUAUACUUUUCUAGGUUGCAGACAACUCGAAAAAGUAAGUCCCAAGAUUCAAGAAUUCUUUUGCAAUGUCGUCGGUUAAUAUUUAUACGCGAAAUAAUCCAUAAUUGUGAAUAACACAAUAACAUUUACAACAAAUUUAUUUUCAAAAAUAUUUUUCUACGUUAGUUUUAAGAUAGCAUUAUAAGCCACCUAUGUUUUUUUCAUUCUGUUUAUGUCAAAUUUCAUGACUAUAAAUAGUAUAAAUACCUGUCUGGUUUUUAUAGUGGCAACAGAAAAGAACAACAGAUUUGGUAUGUAAUAAACACCAUAACUUGUUUGGACUUUGGGCAAAUAAAUAUACUAGUCAGUAAACGUUUUCCUUGAUUUUCAUGGUAACCAAAUUUACAUACCAUAUGUGGUAUGGUUGCAUUUAUGUAACUAUAUGGUUGCAUUAAAACAAAUUGCUUUAUUUUAGAACCCGAUGAUGAUGACAUGCCUACUGAAGAGGAGGAAUACAAGGAAGAUGAUAAGAAAGAAGAGGUUAAGAAAGGUACAUUUAAUGAUUUUGAUCAUAUGUAUAGUAUUAUAAAAGACUGAUCAGAAAUGCAAUGACCCAAUGUGACUUUUUUCUGAUCAUCUUCAACCCUCCCAUCAGAAAUGUGCCCAUUUUCUGUUUUUAAGAGUAUUAAAAUACUCUCUAUUUUUUUCCUUUGUAAGAUGAUGAUGUGGACUCCAGGAAGAAAGAUGAUGAUGUGGACUCCAGGAAGAAAGGUGCUGUAGGAACUCAUAAGAUUGUGAUUAUAGAACCAGAAAUUGUUAAUUCCAUAUUAACAUAACUAAUCUUUACUUCAUUAAAUUUAUAGGACGAUGUUACAAAUGUGGCCUUAGAGGCCACCAAGCUAAAUCAUGCAAAGCAA